AUGCAAUAUUUGAACAAAGUUGAGAAUGAAAAGACGAGUCUCCCUGUCGAUCUAUAUCACCUUCAUACACCGGUAGAGGAAUAUGACUUGAAUUGUGUUCUGCCGCUACGUACCCUCGAAUCGAACGGGGUGAAAUUGGAACCAUUUAUCCCUUCGCUACAUGCAGAGCAUGCAUUCUCCCUCCUGCAGCAAGAACCAGAGAACAUAAUCUAUAGAUAUCUUCCCUACGGCCCAUUCUCUACUCUUGCUGAGUUCUUAACAUGGUAUGAAACCCGUAUUCGAAGUGACAAGCAGUCUUGCCUAUUCUUGAUUACGGAUCUUUCUCGGCCAUAUGAUGCGGAGAAACCAUUAAGCAGGGUUGCAGGGUGGAUUGGUAUUAUCAACAUCAGUAUCGUGGAUUUGGUUGGUGAGAUUGGACAUGUUACUGUUUUGAAAAGAGCUUGGAGGACCCAUAUAAACACCCAUGCCUCGUCUUUACUGAUUAAGUACCUGCUUUCGCCUCGCCCCGAGGGUCUUGCAUUCCGUCGAGCUUCAUGGUUGGCACAUUGGCAGAACGAAAAUUCUAACAAAGCAGCGGCGAGACUUGGAUUUCAAUUCGAAGGCAAUAUUCGCUGUGCGAAGUUACUUCGACAAGAUAAAGAGGGAGAUGUCAUCGAUAGUAAGAAGGGGUUAGGAAGGACAGAGGAAGGGAAGUGUAGGAAUACAAAUGUUUGGAGCAUUACCUGGAAGGACUGGGAGGAAGGGAAAUCAGAGAAGAUUGAGGAGCUAUUGGCGAGGGAGGUCAAAGAGAACCCAGCCUGGGAUUUCGAUUGA